AUGGCUUUGAAGAUCGACGUGGGCAGGGAGAGGCGCAGGGGUGGGGAUAGCGCCUGGACAAACAACCAAAAGGGAGUGGCCUCUUUGGGGUGGAACUUGAGGCCAAUGGCUUUGAAGAUCGACGGUUCUUAUUCUCAAAUUGCAGAGGCCCUGAACUACGCAGCAGACAAAAACGUUCGAGUUGUUAACAUGAGCUUUGGGGGCCCCCCUUCUGCUGCGCUGCGGGCAGCUUUGUCAGUUGCUGCUGCUCGCAACAUGAGUUUGGUGGUUGCUGCUGGAAACCACCGCUGCGACUUUGCUGCUGUGGAUGCAGCAGCAGCAGCAGCAAAGUGUUUUUCUCAUCAAGGGUUUAUCAAGGGCUAUCCCGCGGGCUAUGGGGAUUUGCUGCCAAACUUAAUUGCUGUUGCUGCUGCAGCAGCAACAGGAAAACCCUCGAAGUUCACUAACUUCGACUCUUCCAAAAACCCCAAAAUACAUCUCCUUGCUCCCGGGGAAAACAUCAUCGUCUGCAGCGACAAAAACCACAAAAGCUACCUCGAGGCCAGCGGCACCUCCUUCGCUACGCCCAUUGUGUCUGCACUGGUGGCGCUGCUGCGCUUCGAACACCCGCAGCUGAGUGCGCGGGAGGUGAAGGACAUUUUAAUUCGGUCUUGUUACAAGUACGGAUUUGCAAAACUGGGAAAAGUUUCCAAGUGCGGGGGCAUUGUGAGCGCCCGCAGGGCCUUCAAGCAGGCCCGCAAGCUUCUGGAGAGCUCCAGAGAACUUUGA